CCCCUGUUUGAGCCAUUCUGACUGUUGGCUCAAAAGCGCCUGUUUUGACCCUGUUCUCAGACCCGGGGUUCCCUCUAUGGAAUGACAUCCUUUGGAGGCCGAGUUCGACCGGCCCACGACUCCUUCCCCAUCAACUUCUCUCCCAAAAAUGACAGAUGGGCAGACCUGGCACACAUACUAAAGAUGGAACGCAUGGAUGGAUGCAAAGUCAUCAGGUUCCCCCGCCGGAUAAUGCUGGACGAAAACGAACACCUCGAGUUCACCGCUCGCCAGGUCCUCCUGAUCCGGCAAUUUCUCGAUCACAACAACGCCAACCUCAGCCAACUCUUGACGACGCUUGCAACAGAUGAGAAGAAGUCCAUGGACGUCUUUUUAGCGAGAGCGUAUAACGCUACCAUUUCAAACCAACAGCGCGAAAUCUUGAGCAAGUACCAGAGACACCCGACGUUCACCUUUUGUGAUCUCGAAUGGACAUGCGGUCCGCCCUACCAGUUGCGAGUAACUGCACGCGACAAUGCCUCUCAAAGUGGAUUCGUUACUGGAUGUGCUUCCCACGACAUCGUCGAGUACUGCAUGGAUGAGGAUCCCUACUACGACUUCGGCUACCCCAUAAUGCUGUAUUGCGCGCGAUACGUGCUGAACUUUGGCUACAGCGCCAAGGAUGUCACGGACACUGUACAAGAGAAAACGAACGAGGUCGUUGAAAGAUUGGACGAGCAUCUAGGAGUUUUUCCAACCCCCGAGUUAUACAGCGAGAAGUUCGUGGCUCUGGACGUACAGUACAAGAUUCUCCAUUGUCUGCUCACUGAGAACAAUCCCACCAAGCAGGAGAUCAAGGCCAAAAGGGAGUAUUGGGAACGUUUGGAGGCCUGCUUUAUGGAGGUCUUUGAACGGUUUGACAAGGGCGAUCUUCAUCGACUCGCAGUCGAAGACUAUGGUAUCUGGUGUGAAAUGUUCGGCUUCGUCUGCCACUGGGCUGACAAAGAACAUAUUCUUCCGAGGCUGAGCGAGGCGAGGCAGAUUAUUGCUGGAUCAUCCUGAUCAGACAAGGGCACUUAGCGAGAUGGAUCAAAAGGCUAAAGGGGACUUCAUGAUGGUGCCCGUGAACGGGGUCAAGGAUGAGGAGGACUGAUGUGGUACGGUGGCUUGUUUGGAGGGCUGUUGUCCUUUCUGGUAUCAUGUAUGAACCUAUCAUGACCUAUAGUGAUGUAGCUCGACUUGCGAGCACAAAAAGGGGUGAGAAAUAUGGUACAUCGACGUCGUGGAACACUGGACAUUUGGCUGAUAGACUAUCCUGGCUCUGUUCAGGUGGAUUCUUAAAGGUGUUUGAAGCCAUAUCACGUUCGCUCCAUGUAGCGUUCUUGCGGUUUGAGAGGUGCCUAUUGCAACCUUAACGUGGUUGCUUUUAGCUGAAAAUCUGCCUCCAGCAAGUAGUCAAGAAAUGGCAAGUCCAUCCAAACAUUUGGUGUUAUCAGAUAGGGUCGAAAAAAGGUGCAAUGGUGACCUUGUGGGU